CCGGACAUAUGAAUUCAUCAUACUUUUUGGUUCGACUUACCGUCCUUACUUUUUAUAGCUGGCCGGCCAGUAGCUGGUAGGAGUCAAUGGGGCUGCAUAACAUAGUUUAAUAUUUAUAUAGAUAGAUAUAUUUAUAUAUAAAUAUAUAUUACACAUAUUUGUCAUGGCUUCGUCAUCAUAUAAGAGAAAAACGGUGCAGCUGAUCAAAUGCUUUUGCGGCUGCACAGACAUGAGCGUUGAAGAAGUGCGUCGCAUUUACACGCUCACAAAUAGUACACAUCACACGCUACUAGAUCCGCCUGCUGCGAAGCUACUACGCCGCUAUCUAGAGACGCAACGAGCGGGCGACAAAGGCGAAACGGAACAGUACCUGGAUCUCUAUGAGAAGUGCGCCGAAUUCCUGAUGGAGGAGCAGCGCAUACUCACAUUAGAUCAUAUCAACGAAUUGCUCGAUCUGGGCUUAUCCAAUCGUCUCGAAUGCGAUCUGAAGCGGCGGAUGCUCAGCGGACAGGAUUCCGACAUAAAAAGCGGUCUUAAUUGUAUUCAAGGCGAAUGUUGCAAAGAAAUUGAAUCGAGCAGCGACUUCAAGGACUUUCGAAACGCAAUUUUGGCAAAAAUGCAAAGAAUACCCAAGUAGUCGAUGUGCAUUGCUCGCUGACCAAUGCCAAACCACAGGUGCUGCCUUAUGCCUUAAUAAUAUUAAUUGUAAGCAAAUUGAAAUGUUUAUAUAAACCGCACUCUGCCUCAGCCUCAGCCCCAAUUAGAGCCCAGCGAAUUCUUUGUCCACCAAAACACAUUAGUCACAUUCAUUAGCAACAAAUCCGUGAGACGGUUUGCUAUCAUAGCAUAAUUAAAUAUUAUCUGAUUUUUAAGCGUUCCUCACCAAUGUAUUCUUACAGUUAUGUUUAGUUACGUAAAUUCCUUUGAAUGUACAUUUACACGUUCCCAAAUAUACGAAAA